AUGUCUCAAGCUGCUGCCGAUAUUUUGAAGCUUGAUCGCGAAAAACGUCUGAUUGUCAAGACAAUCAAUGUGGAACAAUCUUCCAUUGUGAAGAAAUUAGAAGAAACUCCGUCUGUCACAGUCGUAAAUGAGAUGAUGGAAUCUCUCGGAGCUUGGAAAGAGCAAAUGGCUUUGCUCAGAGCAAUCAACCUGAAACUCCUCGAUUGCUACGAUCAAAUUCUCGAUAAAGAUCCUGCUGCUGCAAAGGAAGAAGAAUUCAUGCUUGCUAUGUCAAAGCUUCAAUCAGAAUUCAGUUCCUGUGCUGGGAAAAUUAAAACUAUGAACGAUGUUGUUAAUGAGCCGCAGUCAAGGCCUAGGUCAUCGUUCAUGAACGCUUCCUUCCUAGAGGCGACUCUAACAAAUCCAACAAUCAAACUUCAAGAUAUACCAGUUCCACAUUUCGAUGGUGACAUUGAAAACUUUCCUGAUUGGUUUGCUGAAUUUUCGGAUAUGAUCGAUGCCAAUCCAGACUUCACAAACUUCCAGAAAAUGUAUCUGCUCAAAAGAUGCAUGAUAGGUGACGCCGAAAUCCUACUUAAGGAUUACGAGAAAGAUCCAAACAUGUAUCCAGAGGCUUUAGAUUAUAUUAAAACUUCGUUUAAUAAUAGACGUAGGAUUAUUUCCAAUCAUUUUGCUAAACUUGUUGAUUUACAACCAAUUAAACCAGCUACUCUUCGUGAUUCUUUGAAUCAAAUCCAACGUAUUAUUCGUGGAUUGUCUGUCUGUGGGUUAGAUACCGCAAAAAUGUCUCCUCUAUUCGCCUUUCUCAUCUCUCGUAAGCUCCCGGAGAAGUUAAGAGUUGAUUGGGAAAAUUCUGUGCAUGAUUAUUCGACGUACCCGUCGGUAGAACCUCUUGUCAAAUUUCUGACAAAUCGUUGCUUCGCUUUCGAAAGUGUUGCACCAAAACCUAAUGGGUCAACAGCACCCGAAUCGUCUAAAAACACUACAAAGCUUAGUGUGUCUAAUGAGUCUCCGAAAAAACAGACCAAAAAAUCGUUUGUGUCUGCUAAAGAAAAUAAUAUACAGUCCACUAAACCGAAAUUCAAGUGUGUCGCUUGUUCAGAUGCACAUUAUCUCACUCAAUGUGUGAUAUUUUUAGAAAAAUCGGUCACAGAUCGUUUUGAGCUAGUUAAAGCUCAUAAGUUGUGUAUUCGGUGCUUUAGUCCGUUUCACACUGUCACUGCUUGCACUAAGAAGUUUGUCUGCUCAAUGUGCAAAGGUCAACAUCAUUCUUUGCUCCAUCGCGAUCAAACGAGUGAAAAAUCAUCUGGUUCUGGAUCUACAGGUACUCCAGGUGGUACAGGUCCAACACCUAAUCAAGGUGGCACCAAUACGUCAUUUGGUGGAAUUUCUACUAGCCAAAAGGCAGUAGUAUUAUCAACUGCCGUUGUGCAGGUUAUCAAUAUUCGUGGUAAAACCCACCUAGCUCGUAUACUUUUUGAUCAAGGUUCACAAACCUCUCUUGUCACUCUUGACUUUGUCAAAAGGGCCAAUUUAGGCACCUUUGAAAAUCAGACUCCUACAGUCUUGGUAGGUGUUAAUUCCGAUUCAAGUACUCUGAAUGAAUCGUCUAAAUUUUUAUUGAAAUCACGUUUCAAUAAUUUCCAAAUUUCAGUUGAAGCUGAGGUAAUUGGAAAAAUACCAUGUCAAGUGAGUCGACAUAAAAUUUUGACUGAUAUAACGAGUCAUUUUGGCAAUUUAAAUUUCGCUGAAAAUUAUAAUCUUCCUUAUGGAAGCGUAGAUAUUAUUCUCGGAGCAGAAUAUGUCGAAUUUAUCCUAGAAUCUGAGCGUAAAUUCAUUGAAGAUUUAUGCCUACGUGAUUCGAAAUUUGGCUACGUAAUUUUGGGUUCCUUUCGAACCACUAAUUUAGCCAUCAGCGCUACGUAUUGUGGUUUAUCGAACAUCAAAUUGAAUGAACAAUUCAAACAAUUUUGCAAUGUAGAGCAAAUUUCGGACCUAAAUGAAUCCAAAAAUGACAAUAUUUUGGAACAUGAUUUGUUUGAUAAACAUUUCGAAGAAACAUAUCGUAGAGACGAUACUGGUAGUUUCGUUUUACGUUUACCUUCCAAACCCUCAAUUUCUAUUUUAAAAGGAUCGUUUGGUAAGGGGAAAACAAUGCUCCUUAAAAGCGAGCGUAAGAAAUCCGAAGCAUUACAAAUUGCUUAUCGUGAUUUCAUGAAAGAAUAUGAAAAUAUGGGUCACAUGACCAAAUUAGACCCAUCGUCUGCCAUUCUUAACGAUAGCAAUAAUUAUGUGAUACCACAUCACAUGGUAACAAAAACUUCUUCAACUACAACUAAAUAUCGUGUAGUUUUUAAUGCGUCCUGCAAGGACGAAUCUGGAACGUCCUUAAAUGACCAUUUAUUGUCUGGUCUAGUCUACCAACCAGAAUUAUUCUCGGUUACUGUCACCUAUCGUCAAUAUCCAAUAGCAUUUUCUGCGGAUAUUGCUCAUAUGUAUCGUCAGAUACUGAUCAAUGAAAUUGAUCGCAAGUAUCAACUGAUAUUGUUUCGCUAUGAUAUGUCUGAACCAAUUUCAGUAUUCACAGGUAAUACACUUACCUAUGGCACUGGACCUGCCUCAAACAUGGCUACAAAAUGCCUAGAAAAAGUUGGUGACUCAAUAGCGAGCACCCACCCUAUUGAAAGUGAAUCCAUUAAAAAGGAGUUUUAUAUGGACAAUUACAUGUCCGGAGCUGACGAUGUUGACAAAGCUCUGGCUCGUCAAAAAAUUGUUCAUGACACACUCCUAUCAUUCGGUAUGCCUCUCCGAAAAUAUGCGAGCAAUUCGCAAGAAUUUUUAUCAAAAUUAGAGCCGUCAUUAAUUGAACCCCUAAAAACUCGUGUUUUAGGUGGUGAUUCGUAUAUUUAUGUCUUAGGCUUGGUCUGGUGUCCUCAGUCUGACACCCUAAACGUCAUGCUCAACUUCGAGCUAUUACCUUCAAUUAUAACCAAAAGAGUUAUUUUAUCAGACGUGUCCAAGAUUUUUGAUCUGCUUGGCAUGUUGUCACCUGUAACAAUUACAGCAAAAAUCAUUCUCCAAGAUCUCUGGAGAGAAGGUAAGGAAUGGGACGAACCAGUCUCCCAAGAAUUAUCGGAUAGAUUUCGCACCUAUCGCGAAAGUCUUAUCAAUUUAUCUAAAAUUUCAAUUCCACGUUUUUACUAUGGCUGUAAAAACAGUGAAAUCAAACAAAUAAUAGGCUUUUGCGAUGCCUCUACUAAAGCCUAUUGUGCUGUUUUGUACUUGCGUUCAGUUGAUUCUGAAGGUCAAGUUACGGUUACGUUUAUUUGCGCUAAAACUCGCGUUGCACCAUUGAAAAGUGUGCAAAAUAUUCAUCAUUUAGAAUUGCUUGCUGCUCUUCUAUUAUCUGAAUUGGUCUAUCGAAUCUGUCGUGAUUUGAAAUUCGAUCAGCAAAAUGUGUUUUAUUUUUCUGACUCACAAGUCACUCUUCAUUGGAUCAAUCAUCAAGUUGACCAAUUGAAACAAUACGUUUCAAAUCGUGUCAUAAAAAUUAAUAAACUUUCAAAUAAAGUUCAAUGGUAUUACAUAGAUACCAAAAAUAACCCUGCCGAUCUGGCAACCAGAGGUAUUUCUGUGCAAAACCUCAUCGAAGGUACCACUUGGAUUUCUGGUCCAAGAUUACUAACGAAAGAUGUAAUUCUAGAAAAAUUGAAACUCAAUGUAGAUAUUGAGAAAAUUGAACCUCUAUCAGUCGAGGAAAAGAAAGAAUCGUACAAUCGGUUGAUAAGAGCUGCUCAAUUUGAGUUUUAUAGCUCCGAAUUUGAAAAUUUAUCAAAUGGUAAACCAAUACCAAAACGGAGUACUCUGUUUACUCUCGAUGUCUUUUUGGAUGCGGAUAAAAUCAUACGUGUCGGUGGUAGAAUUUCUGCCUCUAGAUUUUCGUAUGAUAUAAAACAUCCGAUUAUUUUAUCUCAUAAAUCUAGUUUAACUGAGCUAAUUGUUAAUCACGCUCAUCGUGGUUUAUCAUCGUUGAUAAAAAAGGUUCUUCGAAAGUGCACUUUAUGCACACGUAUUCACGCAUCAGCUGUGGAACAAUUUAUGGCAGAUUUGCCAAAGGAAAGAACCUCUGUCUCUCGACCAUUCACCUACACAGGGGUAGAUUUAUCAGGCGCAUUUAAUGUCAAAUGCCUGAUAGCUUAUCUACGAGCGAUUUUGUAUCAUCAUUUGAUCGAUUCAUACAUCGACGUGGUUUACCUCUGA